AUGGCUUCUUCGCCCCUCACCAUCACCAACGCCACUGGCUAUGGCCUCAUGGGGCUCACAUGGCGAGCCCAGGUGACCCCAGAUGUGCAAGCUUUUCCUGCCCUGUCGGCAGCAAUUGCCAAUGGCGCUGUCAUCUGGUCUACUGCCGAGUUCUACGGCACAGAAGAUCCCCUCGCGGGCCUGAAGCUUGUUCGCCGUUAUUUCGAGGCAUACUCCGAGAACGCAGCCAAAGUUACACUCUUUGUCAAAGGUUGCUGCGAUGUCAAAACUCUAGCACCAGACUGCUCGCGUGACGGCGUACGGAAAAGUGUCGAGAACUGCCUGGCCGCACUUGGCGGCGCAAAGAGUAUCGACGUCUAUGGCCCCUCUCGUCGCGACCCAAGUGUGCCUCUCGAGGAGACGCUGUCAGCUUUGCAAGAGCUUGUUGGAGAAGGCAAGAUUGGCGGUAUAGGACUCAGCGAAAUCGGCGCAGCUACACUGGAGAAGGCUCACACGCACACCCCUCUGACCCUCGUUGAGGUCGAGUUCUCUCUUUGGUGCACCGACAUUCUGACAAACGGUGUGGCUUCGACGGCCAAGAAGCUGGGAGUGCCGAUCCUAGCCUACUCCCCUCUCGGUCGUGGACUUCUCACCGGCCAAAUUCGCAGUCCUGCCGACAUUCCCGAAGGCGAUAUCCGCCACUUCCUCGACCGAUUCCAGCCUGAAAACUUCGACAAGAACCUGGACCUCGUUCGAAAGCUUCAGGACGUAGCUGUACGCGAGAAUGUCACGCCUGCACAGCUGGCAUUGGCCUGGGUACGGGCCACCGCAAACACCGAAGCCGCAGGCGUAAUCAUUCCCAUUCCAGGAGCAACUGCUGCUACACGGGUAGAAGAAAACACAAAGCUUGUCACGCUUUCCAGCGACGUCAAGGCCCAGAUUGAUGCAAUUAAUUCGUCUUUUCCCCGUCACGGUGGCCGAUACAACGCCAUGCUGGAGCAGACGCUGUGGGCUUAG